AUGGGUUCGCGCUAUAGCUUAAUAUCUACAACCGCGGCGUCGCUAAAACCACGACUUGCUCCAAGAUCGACUACAUUCAUUUCAAUGGGUGCCUCUAAGCGUUGUAUUAUUCUGUUAACUGUGUUACUGGCGUAUGUGUCAGCUCAGGAGGUGGUACGAAGAGUUCCUCAAGGAUUCCUUGGUAUGAGAGGUAAGAAGUACUACGAGCUUGAUGGACCCGAUCAGUUAUAUAAACGUAAACCACAAUUCUUCGUCGGAGUUAAAGGAAAGAAAGGUUUAUACGAUGAUGUUGAGUACAAACGAGUCCCAAUGGGCUUCGUCGGCAUGAGAGGCAAAAAGGCAUUGAUAUCCGAUUUUAUGAACUAUCCAGAGAAUUAUGAAUACGUACCAAAACGAUCCGGGUCAUUGAUCGGUCAGAUAGAUUACUCUACCGACAACUUACCUGAGUAUCCUGUUCUCAACGAGGUCAUAGAGGAAUACCUUCAGAAACUACGCGAUGAUAACACAGACAUACAAACAGAGACAUCUGAUGAAGAUGAGUCAGGAAUAUUUACUAACGAGGUUGAAAAACGUGCGAAUAUACACAAAUUCUUCGGCGUCCGCGGCAAAAAGUCGGGACAAGCGAAAAGGCCGUACGACGUGUCGUUCAGAGGGAAAUUUAUAGGCGUGCGUGGGAAGAAAGAUGUGAAAAACAGUGGACAGGAAGAAUUUGAAGAUAAUGAGCCUUGGACAAAGAGGAGGCAGACUGGAUUCAUGGGAGUACGGGGCAAGAAGUGGGGCGACAUUAUAGAUUCGGAGCCGAGUGAUAUGAAUGUAACGAAUUAA